CCCUGUUCACGGAGGUCUCUCUACCAAGAUACGUAAAGAUAUUCCACAUAAAAAACACAAAAAACACUGGAUAUCAUUUUUUGGCACGCGAUCACUUUUUGGCACAACACCGGAAACGGCGGUUUCCGUAGAAACCCAAACAAAGCUUAGAUUUUUUUCAGAAACAUGGCUAAAGCUAGCGAGGACUGUAAAUACGCGUUGGCACGGCUGCAGGUAGAACUGGAAAAGGAGAGGGGGAUGAAAGAAAUGCUUGAAGAGUCAGUGUCUGAUCUGCGGAGUACCACGAGUGAACUCCAAGAAAGACUGCACAGUGUUGAUGGGGAAGGAAAUGAGUGGAGGACAAGGUAUGAGACACAGGUAGAGCUAAAUGGGCAGCUGGAACGGCAGAUCUCACUCAUCCGUGAGAGACUGGAAGACAUAAGAGGAAACCCUGUGGACCGACUGGCUUCUAUUCGGUCGUAUGAGGACAUGCCAGUGGAAACACUGAGACAACGUCUGAAGCUCCUGACCGGGGAGAAAUCUGACCUCCAGAGUCAGCUAAUGGAUUGUCAUCUUCAAAUUGAACAAGAAGGAAAGGCUUUUCAUAAAACCAAUGAUGAGAGGCGGGCAUACCUGUCAGAAAUUGCUAAGCUGUCAUCUACCCAUGAAGCUCAAAGAAGACAGUACUUUGCACAGCCACAGAGGGCACCAGAGAGCAAACAAAUGAGAGGGAAGCAGACUGGCAGGAAGGCAGAGGCUGAUUCUAAGAAAGGAAAAGAGGGAGGAGAAGAAGAUGGUGGCGAGGCCUUUGUGAAAGAAAGAGGAGGAGGUGAUGGUGGAAGAAUAGCAGAGAGAAAAGGAGAGAAGAAAUUACAAAGGAAAAGCAGGUUACCCACGCUUAAGCACAACCCGAAGCACGAUCUGUAACCCAAACUUAGUCAUGUUGCUUUUGGUUAUGCUUUAGUUCACAUUGCGACUGAUUAUGUUGAAAUACUGCAGUUUCUACACUAACCAGCCACUUAAUUAGGUACACUUUGUACUGUCCAGUACUCAGCUGGACCUCCUUUUUCUUUAAGAGCUGCCACAAUUCUUUAUGGUAUUGAUUCAACAACCUGCUAGAAUAAUUCCUCACAGAUUUUGGUCCUUUUUGCAUCAUGCAGUGGCUGUACAUUUGUUGGCUGCACAUCCAUGAUCUAAAUAUCCCAUUUCACCACAACUCGUUGCUGUACUGGAUUGAGAUCUGGUGAUUGUUGAAGACAUUUGAGUAAAAUUUGAGGUGAUUUGAGCUUUGUGACAUGAUGCAGUGUCCUGCUGCAAGCAGCCAUCAGAAGAUAGGUACACAGUGGUCAUAAACAGAUUAUUAGCAACAACACUCAGGCAGGCUGUGGUGUUUAAACAAUACAGCGCUGAUACUAAUUGACCCAACGUGUGCCAAGAAAAUAUCUCUCACACCAUUACACCACCUCCAGCAGCCUGAACUGCUGACAAAAAGUAUGAUGGAUCCAUGCUUUCAAAUUGUUUAUACCAAAUUCUGAUGCUGCCAGCUAAAUGUUUCAGUGGCAAGACUCAUCUUGCCAGACGACAUUUUUCCUAUCUUCUGUCGUCCAAUUUUUGUGAGCCCUUUUUCGAUUCAGUUAAAUUUGAUUUAUAUAGUUCUCAGUCAUCACAAGGCACUUUAUAUUGUAAGGUUGAGAGCCCACAGUAAUACAGAGAAAACCCAAACAAUCAGAAGGAACCCCCAUCAGAACCAAUUUUGAGGGAGGGGCAACCACCUGCAGCAGCUGGUUGGGGGUGAGGGGAGGGAGACAGGACAAAAGACACGGUGUGGAGAAGAGCCAGAGAUUAAUAAUGACUAAUGAUUAAAAGUAAAGUGGUGGAUAAACACAUAAUGAGCAAGAACAGGUGAAUGAAUGAGAAUUGCUCAGUGAAUCAUGGGAAUCCCCCAGCAACCUAAGCCUAUUGCAGUGCUGCAGUGGGAGGAUUCAGGGUCACCAGGCCUGAUCCUAAAAUCAGAGAGGGUGUCUGUCACCAAAACAAAAUCAGAACCGCAAGUAAGAUAGCAGUCUGAGUGCUCUAUGUGGUACUAUGAGGUCUUUGAUAUGAGAUGGACCUUUAGAUUUGAUUCGGGAUUUAACAUGGAGCCAAUUAAGAGGACCUAAAAUGGGAGAAAUACUGUCUUUCUCUUGUCAGGACUCUUGAUGCAGCAUUUUAGAUCAGCCAAAGGCUUUUUAGGGAGUUUUUAGGACAUCCUGAUAAUAAUGAAUUACAGUAGUCCAGCCUAGAAUUUGUUUUUCCAGCAUUACUCUGACACAGGAUGUUUCUAAUUUUAGAGAUGUUGUGCAAAUGCAAGGAAGCAGUCCUACAUAUUUGUUUAAUAUGCGUAUUGAAGGACACAUCCUGGCCAAAAAUAGCAAGUAAUACCAUACUGAGGUGCGGUAUUCUACUUCAGUAGCUCGUUUGCUUCAAGGUUCAACGUGUUGCGUGUUCAGAGAUGCUCUUCUGGUUAUUUGAGUUACUGUUGCCUUCAAUUUGAAGAAGUCCAUUCUCCUCGGACCUUUGACAUCAACAAGACAUUUUCAACCUGAGAACUGCUACUCAUUGGAUAUUUUCUCUUUUUCUGACCAUUCUCUGUAAACUCUCAAGAUGGUUGUGUGGGAAGAUCCCAGUAGAUCGGCA